AUGGCUACUACCAGCACUGAGCUUGCGCCAUUUUUCGCACCAUUCUUGGGCUUUGCGGGAUGUUCUGCAUCGAUGAUUCUUUCUUGUGUGGGCGCAGCUAUUGGAUCUGCCAAAUCUGGCAUUGGUAUUUCGGGUAUUGGUACUUUCAAGCCUGAACUUAUCAUGAAGUCCUUAAUUCCUGUCGUUUUGUCGGGUAUUCUUUCUGUUUAUGGUUUGGUUGUGUCUGUGUUGAUCGCUGGUGGCUUGAAUCCAACUGAAGAGUACACUUUAUUCAAGGGCAUCAUGCACUUGGCAUGCGGGUUAUCAGUUGGUUUUGCUUGCAUGGCUUCUGGUUAUGCCAUUGGUAUCGUGGGUGAUGAAGGUGUGAGACAAUUCAUGCAUCAGCCAAGAUUGUUUGUGGGAAUCGUCUUGAUUUUGAUUUUCGCUGAAGUGUUGGGUUUAUAUGGGUUGAUUAUUGCCUUGAUCUUGAACACCAAGGGCGCAUAG